AUGAAGGGUUUCGUUGGAGGCAUUCCCAUUGCACUGCUGGCAGUUGCUGCACAGGCCCAAUUCCUUGAGCGUCGCGAGAAUGGCUUCGCACCCCCUCAUGUUGGAGGCACUGCGCUUGGUGGCCCCACUGGAGAGGACAGUGACGGUGGCUUUGUGAGCCCCUACUCUACCGAUAUCAAGACCAACCACCAGGUGAAGCAGUGGAGCAAGGACGACCACUCCGUCAACAUCAAGCACAAGGAUGAGUUCCCUGACCGCCACACCCCCGCAGUGUUCGACGGUCCUCAGGUACCUGGAAUGGGUCCCUUUGGAAAGCGUGGAGGCCCCGGCGGUACUGCCCUGGGUGGGCCUUCUGGUGACGAUGGUGGCCAGGAGUUCAACAUGCCUCUUACUGCAAUCGUCCACACCGAUGUCAACGACUUCAACCAAGAUGAUCACUCUAUUGAGGAGGAGAACACUCACGUUCACCCUGGUUGGGGUUACGCGAAGCGCUGGCACCCAGAGGAGGGUGGCACUGCCCUCGGCGGACCCGGCGGUGGUUCUCACCACGGACCUGAAGGACCUCACCAUCCCAAUGGUGGCACCGCUCUCGGUGGCCCAUCUGGUGACGAUGAUGGCAUUACCUUCAGCAAGCCCAACACCGCCAACAUCAAGACCAAUGUGAACGAGGCCAACACUGAUGACCACUCCAUCGACCUGAAGCACACCGACGUUUACCACAACCACGGCCCCCACUGGGGUUGGAAGCGUGGCUUCGGACCUUCCAACGGUGGCACAGCUCUCGGUGGACCGUCUGGCGAUGAUGAAGGACAGAGCUUUAACAUGCCCACCACCGUUGACGUGAACACCGCGGUCAACGAGAAGAACGAGGAUGACCACUCCAUUGACCUCAAGCACAAGGAUGUGUACAACGGCUGGGGUGGCUACAAGCGUGGCUACGGACCUGAGCACGCCAACGGCGGCACCGCUCUCGGCGGCCCCUCCGGCGAUGAUGAAGGCCAGAGCUUCAACAUGCCCACCACUGUUGACGUCAACACCAAUGUCAACGAGAAGAACCAGGACAGCCACUCCAUUGACCUGAAGCACAAGGACAUCCACGGUGGUCCCUACUACGGUGGACCUGGACCUGCCGGUCCCCACUAUGGACCUCACCACGGCGUCUACGCCCCCAACGUCUACGCUCCUCACAGUGACACCGACCUGAACUCUAUCAAGCAGCUCAACAACGGACCGGCCGCUGGUGGAGUUGGUCCUUUCAACCGCCGCUCUGAGGAGUUCUGGGGACCUCGCCCCGGCGUGUACGCCCCUCACGUUUACGCGCCUGAGGAGGAUUUCGACCUUGAGUCGAUCAAGCAGAUCAACAACGGCCCUGCUGCUGGCGGUGUUGGUCCUUUCAACGUCCACCGUCGCUCCACUGACUACUGGGGCCCUCGCCCCGGAGUCUACGCACCCCACGUCUAUGCCCCCGAGGAGGACUUCGACCUCGAGGCCAUUAAGCAGGUCAACAACGGCCCCGCCGCGGGUGGUGUUGGUCCUUUCAAUGUCCACCGUCGCUCAACUGACCUCCCUGAGCACAUCCCUCCUCCCCACCCCGAGCACGCUCACCCUCACCCCCCACCCUCACGGACCUCCCGGUCCCUGGGCUCCCGGAGUGCCAUCAAGCAGAUCAACAAUGGUCCUUCCGCUGGUGCCGUCGGUCCUUUCGGCCGCCGCGCUUUCGCACCCAGCCGCGAGUCUAGCGGCGGCGGUGGUGGCACCGCUCUUGGUGGCCCCUCCGGAGAUGACGAUGCCAACUCGUUCUCCGAGCCCACCAAUGUUGAUGUGAACUCCGGCGUUGACGAGAACAACCAGGACAACCACGCCAUCAAGGCCGAUGUCACCCACGUCCACCACCCAGACGGUGGCUACGGAUACGAAGCUGUUCCCGCUCCCCAGGAGGCACCCGCUACUCCCGCUGAGGGCGCUGCACCUCCCCGCGAGGACCACGGAGAGUGCUCUGCUCAGGUGCACGAGGUUGUUCGCACUGUGACCAAGACCCAGUACAAGACUGCCAUGGCUACUCACCAGUCCGCUGAGGUUGACCCCAAGAUCAUGUCCUACGCUGCCUCUGCCUCUGCCCCUGCGCCUGCCUCUUCCGAGGUCCGCAACUUCGACUACAACUACGCUUCCCAGCGUCCCAACAGCAAGAUGACCUCUUACUCCAUGAUCCCCGUCCAUGUCCCCAUGGCCACCCCCGCCUCCUCCGGUGCCAUGGUCACUCCCUCCGGCACUCACGGCCUCAACAUGCCCACCGGUGUCUCAGCUGAGCAGAAGGCUGCUUCAUCAGCUGCCUUCGCUUCCGCUUCCCCCUCCGCUUCUCACGGUGCCAACGACACUUUGUUCAUGGGCGCCGCUCCCCGCCUCUCUGGAGGUCUCGUCUCCGCCGCUACGGCCGUGAUGGGUGUGCUUGCUUUCAUCCUCUAG